AUGGAGGAGAUUUCGCCUUGGAUUGGUGGAGUUGGAUGCAGAUUCUGCUGGAUGUGGGUUGGUUACAAAAUCAAGGGUGGAGCCAAGGCCAUCACCAUCAAGGAAAACAAGGUGUACACAAAACAAAUGGUGGAAGAUAAAGGCGAUGAAUUGGAGGAGGAGGAAGAAGAAGAAGAAGUAGGAGGAGAAGAAGAAGAGCCUUGCGAGGUUCAUGCGAAGAAAAAAAUGUAUCUUGUUGGUGGGUCUGGUGAGCAAGUGUCUAGUGCUGGUGGUGGUGGGGGAGGGGUGGCGCGACCUUGCUGUCAGGUGGAAAAGUGCACCAUCGAUUUGAACGAUGAAACAUUACCACCGACGCCAUAA